AUGAAACAUUCAACAGAUGAAGGUGUUUUUCAAACAAGUCUUUUACAAGCAUUACAAAAAAAUAAAAUUAUUCAAAAUAAAUUAACUAAAUGUCAACAUUUACAUUAUAUUCAACUAGUAAAAGAUUUACAAAUUUAUAAUUUAAAAGAAAAAUAUAAUCGAGAAUUAUUAUAUACAUGGAAAAAAGAAUCUUAUAUACGACAAUUAAAAAAAGAUUUACAAGAAUAUGAACAUCAACGUUUUGGAAUGAAAGAUGAUUAUUAUGAAAAUCAACUUAAAACAUUAGAUAAUGUUAUUGCUGGUGAACAAACUCUUGUUAUACCACCAAGUGAAGAAAAACGUCGUUUAGAUAUAAAUAUAAAAUAUCAUCGAUUUCUUCAAAAAAAUCCUCUUCAAACAUCAUCAGCUAUGCGUAAUACUAAAUCAGUAAAUGUUUUUUUUCAACAAAAUAAAAAAAACAAUGACGAUGAUGACGAACAAGAAGAAGAAGAAGAAGAAGAAGACAAUGUUCAUGAUUUAGAAAAAACUUGGCAUCAUAUUCAUGCACAAUCUGCUAGAAUUUCAGGUCGAAAACAUAAUACUACUUUACCUACAAUUUAUCGUUCAUUAACAACGAAUGAAAUUCGAAAAAAUAGAACUUCAGCAAAAAGUCAUAUUCCAUCAACAAUAGAUAAUGUAUCAAAUGUACAUGGUACACAAAUUUCUGAAUUAAUUAAUACACCGUCCAAUGAGAAAAUUCAACGAUCACCACGAUCACCUGCUAAAUUUGCACCAAAUCAUUCGGGAUUAUCUGAUGGUAUUGAACCUCUAUUUAUUACAACUGAAACAUUAGACAAAUAUGUUCAUGAUGAUCUUGUUUCAAUGCGUAGUGUACGUCGACCAAGAAAGAAUCCUUCGGAUUUAAAUUUGUUAUUUGAAACACGUAAACGAAUUUAUCAAAUAAAUAGACGUGCUUUAGAUUAUGAAUUAGAUCAAAGAAAACGUCGAUUACAAAAAAGUAUUCAAUUUGAUCAACUAAAACAAAUAGAUUCAACUAAUCAUACAGAAAAUUUAUCUAUUAAUGUGAAUGAAAAUGCUGAAAAAUCUUUUGACGAUAAACAUUAA